AUGCCAUCAGAAGACGAACAGGCGAGGGACCCUACCUUUUUGCGCGGUCCGGAGGUCCCGAAUAAACGACGUUAUCAUUUGCUGGCGGAAAUAUUACCUCCGCCUCCAGAUGUGCCGCUGCCAGCGGAACCUCCCUUUGAUGCCAACGAGCUGUUCAAGUUGACCUUCGGAAACAAGCUACCAAAGUUUCUGGUGCAGGUUGAUGAAUUUACUCAGAUUCUUCAUUCUUGCACCUACUAUAGCAGUCCGUUAUGUACGAAUUCCAAAUUUUACGACGAGCAGUACGUACUUCGGUUUGAUUCCGAAGAUACAGUUAACCAUUACCCUACUGGAGCGAGGAUGCACCAAAUGGCUGGGUGCACAAUCCCCGUGUAG